ACGUUGCGCGUGUUUCCCGGUCUCUCCCCUGUUUCCCGUCGGUGGCGAUGUCGCGAUAAAACACACACGGAUCUGUCGUUAACCGGGACGACUCGAGGCAACGCGCCAUCCCCCAUUGACAACAACGUGUUCAGUGUGCGCCUGGUUUGUGAAACCUGGUUUCAUCCACAGCAGAGGAUACGAGAAUUUUAGGUGUAGUGUGCUCCCCGUGACAAUGCCUAAUAUGUUCUGCCAGUGAGCUGGAACUCGUGGCCUUUUUUCCUCGAUAAGAUUCGAGCGCCUGACAGCGCGGCGGGGCGGCCCCAAUGCCGGUCAGGAAGGGCCUCCUCGCCCCACAAAAUACUUUCCUAGAUACUAUCGCCACUCGUUUCGAUGGAACCCACAGCAACUUUGUGCUGGGAAAUGCGCAGGUUCCGUCGCUCUACCCGAUUGUUUAUUGCUCUGACGGGUUCUGCGAGCUGACAGGAUUCGCGCGAGCGCAGAUCAUGCAAAAGGGUUGCGCUUGCAAGUUCCUCUAUGGUCCGGAAACGAAAGAAGAGGAAAGGGCGAUGAUCGAGAAGAGCCUCGAGAGCAAAACAGAGCUGAAGACGGAAGUGGUCCUUUACAAAAAGAACGGAAGUUCGUUCAACUGUUUGCUCGAUAUCGUGCCGAUCAAAAACGAAAAGAGCGACGUCGUACUCUUCCUGGCAUCGCACAAGGAUAUCACCCACACGAAGAACCUUCAGCUGUGUGAGUUGCUCGAUAGUGAUGCAAACGGCAGUCUCGAUCCGGAGGCGCCGCCAGCUAAUUAUGGCAGAAGAAGAAGCCGCGCCGUCCUUUAUCAAUUGUCAGGCCAUUACAAACAGGACAAUAAGCACAAAAUUAAAUUGAACAACAACCUUCUGCACUCAACAGCGGCACCAUUGCCGGAAUACAAGACGACCGGGAUCAAAAAAUCACAGUUUAUCUUAAGCCACUACGGCGGCUUCAAGUCUUGCUGGGACUGGCUGAUACUACUCGCGACGUUCUAUGUGGCGAUCGUCGUCCCUUUCAACGCGAGUUUCAUCAACAUCGACAGGCCUACGAUGGUCAGCGACGUUGUCGUCGAAGCGCUCUUUAUAACCGAUAUCAUUCUAAACUUUCGAACGACGUACGUAAGCAGAAAAGGGGAAGUGGUUAGCAAUAGCAAGAGCAUAGCCGUGAACUAUCUAAAAGGCUGGUUUUUCGUCGAUCUCGUCGCUGCUUUGCCCUUUGAUUUUCUUUAUGCUUCUGACGUUUACAGCGGUGAGGAAUCGGGACAUGGUAACAUUCAUUUAGUAAAAUUAACGAGAUUGCUAAGGCUCGCGCGAUUACUUCAAAAGAUGGAUAGAUAUUCGCAGUACAGCGCGGUAAUUUUGACGAUGUUGAUGCUGUUUUUCAUCCUGGUGGCACACUGGCUGGCUUGCAUUUGGUUCGUUAUCGCGGAAAAAGAACGAUUGAGAAACGAUAAUGAUUGGGACCUCGGCUGGAUACACACGCUGGCAGAAAGGUUGAAAAUUUCCGUGGAGAACGUAACGCACGCGGAAAGUUACAUCACGGCGUUGUACUUUACUUGCAGUAGCUUAACAUCAGUAGGAUUUGGAAACGUGUCGGCCAACACAUUCUCCGAGAAGUUCUUCUCCAUUUGCACGAUGCUUAUUGGUGCUCUGAUGCAUGCCGUGGUGUUUGGUAACGUGACAGCGAUUAUUCAAAGAAUUUACUCUAGAAGAUCGCUAUACCAAACAAAACUGCGGGAUCUCAAGGAUUUUUUCGUAUUGCAUCAGAUCCCCGAAGAACUGAAACAGCGAAUGCAAGACUAUUUCCAAACUAUGUGGUCGUUGAAUCACGGUAUCGACAUAUACGAGACCCUGAAGCAAUUUCCCGAGGAACUGCGGGGAGACGUUUCCAUGCACUUGCAUCGUGAAAUACUAAAUUUACCGAUAUUCGAAGCCGCUUCCCAGGGUUGUCUGAAACUGCUUUCUCUUCGCAUUAAAAAUAAUUUCUGCGCCCCCGGCGAGUUUCUGAUUCACAAAGGGGACGCGCUUUCCUACAUAUAUUACUUAUGCAACGGCUCGAUGGAGGUUGUGCAGAACAACAUGGUCGUCGCGAUCUUAGGGAAAGGCGAUCUGGUAGGCUGUGACAUAAACGUUCACCUGCAACACGGGAGUAACGGGGGUGGAACAGGUGGCGGUGGGGCCAGCGACGUCGUAGUGAAAUCCAGUUGCGACGUUAAAGCGUUGACUUACUGCGAUUUAAAGUGCAUAAAUAUGCAUGGAUUAGUCGAGGUGCUUCGGCUGUAUCCCGAGUAUCAACAUGAAUUUGCAAACGAUAUACAGCACGAUCUCACUUACAAUUUACGAGAGGGAUACGAGGCUGAGCAAGAGUCGGACAUGAACGGACCAUCGUUAACAUUACCAUCCAUCAGCGAGGACGACGAAAAUGUGCCUGACGAAGGGGAGACAUCGCCUCUAUCACCACCAAACAAAUCACCUUCACAUAUGUCGAGCCCCAGGCAUGCUAAGUUUAGAGACGAAUACAGAGAGGCUAGAAGACCGGGAAGAGGAGUUCUGGUGAGAGGAAGAACAGCUCAAGUAAUCGCUCAAGAAUCGAUGGAGGAACAUAUCCGAGGAUCAGUGGAGAAACUCGACACACAAUUUUCUACGUUACAUCAAGAUGUUGCCACGCUGAGUUGUGAGGUCAGGAAUGCCAUUCAAGCUCUUCAAAUAUUAGCGUGCUCGCCUCAAAGUAAUCCAAAUUUACCGACACCCGCGAAUCGUGGCAGCGGCGUUUUGGCAAGAAGUUCGUCUCAUCCGCCAGAUGCUAUAUGCUGGGAUCCGCCUAAAAGAAUGUCAGAUGCAUCCACGCAAACCGACUGGCCUGUCGAUCUCUUUGAAUCUUGGAUUCGAGCGAAUCCUCAAAGAGUUCUCAGGAUUCUUGAACUCGAUACCGAUACUCUUUUGAGGCAACCACCUUCUCCGACACCGUCUCCAUCUUCUCCCCCGCCACCACCUUACGAGCCACUGUCACCUGUUGUUGGGACACCGCCGCAAUCACCGUCUCUCGCCCAAGGAAACGAUAAUUUCGUUUUCGGCAAUAAUCAUGGAGAUGGACACAUUCCUCGUUUGUAUAAACCGACAAACUCUACAUGGGAUUCCGAGAAUAAGUUAUCGCACAGAUUUAGUGCCGGCGACGCCGACAAUGCAUCUUUAUAUCAAGCAUUUAGCACUAUGCGCCGACUUCCUGAAUCACGAUCACUGAAAUUCGAUCCCUUUGGUAGCUGAACGUUUUUCAGAAACAUAUCAGGAUUAGGAGCCUUAGAAGAAGACGAAGACAACCAGGAAGACGAAAUGUUUGUACACGAGACGAAAGCAAAAGACAAAGUUUAUGAUUAAAAAUAGAGCAACGAGAAGCAAGAACAACUCACUUUUUAAGUGUUCAGAUACGUUUAUUUCUUAAUCAUUUAAUACUUCAACUUCUGUCAAACCUAGAAUCAGUUUGUUCCUUUUUUUACGAAUUGGGAUACUUGAAUUCAGUCGAUAUCGUUAGGAACAAACAGUCUUCACCUGAAUAAAUUACUAGUGGAACAAUGAUAUACAAAUUUUUUACAGCGCGAAACGUGCCCAAAGAAAGAAAAAUGAGAAAUUCUCAGUUGAAAAUGAGCGUUGAUAAAUUACACAAAUCAGUCGUAGAAGUCUAUAGAUAUAUUUAUCAAAUUUCGAAUAUUUGAAACAGAAAAUACAAGGUUUUAUGAAUUUUAAU